AUGGCGUUGCUCUGUCCUUAUCUGAAAUGUGAAGAAACUGACGAUUGUAUUGAAGAAGUAAAACCAAUUGGCCAUUGUUGUCCCAUAUGCGGAGCCUUAGUUCAUUUCGUUGGAUACGAUAUCGGAUAUGAGAAUGUUAAAAUGGAUAUCGAAAAGUUCAUCCAGAAACAUCCGCAAAUUGCUGAAAACUAUGGGUUUGAGCUCGAUCGCCUGGAUGAUGAUGAAACUCCGUCGUCCUACCAGAUAACAAUUUAUAAAACAAAUAUGGAUAUCGGAUUUGAUGAACAGCCGGUUAAGGACCUUCUCGGGUAUUUGGAGUACAAACUUCAUCAACAACUUCGAACUACCCUCAAAGUGACGCAGUUCCAGAUUUACAUGAGCAGGACAGACAGAUCUAUUCAAUUAAGCUCCAUCAUUCUUGGUUCACUCCUGUUUGUUACCUUGAUGGUGACCAUCAGCAUGAAGAUCAUAUGGAGUGAUCCCAUCUUAUAUGAAAGAUUUUCAAUGAAUUUCCGCGAUAAAAUACCAAGCUUAUCAUUUGCCGUUCAUUUCCAUGCCGGAAGAGAUGAAAACGAAAUUCAAAUGAUUGCCAAACCAUCUCAAAUUUCUGAUGAAUACGACGAUUUAAAAAGUGAAGAAGAAGAAGAAAAAAGCGAUGGAAAUGAGGAGAUGAAAGAUGAAAUCAAAGGGGAUUUCAUCACAACGGAUCAUCUGAAAGGAAUAACAAACCCAACGUUUGAAGUUGUCAACGAAACAUCUGAAGAACUUAAAUUGAUCGACUUAUAA